GUACGGAAAACACAGUCCCGAAUAAAAAAAUUAAAUUAGAAAAAAAAAAAGAGUGUGAGUGAGUGAGCAAAGCCAAAAAGCCCAAUACCAGACCGUACGGUCUUGGUGAGUGAGGGAGAGCGAGAGCGAGCUUAAGCUCCAUUUCUACUGUAAGAUUAUUAUCUCUUCUGUCUCGCUAGUUCGCUUCGCUGAAAGCCUCACUCGAUCGAGCUCUUGGAUCCUUCUCGAAGACUUAAAAACUUAUUAGAGUACUGUAGGAAGUUCCUCCUUUGUUUCCUGUUCGUACAGUUUGGUUUAGUGUACAGAGAGAAGAAGAAAAAAACCCCAAAAAAUAAAGCUCAUUUCCAUGGAGUUGUACGGCCGGAGCCCCGCGAGGAAUGGGUCAAAUCCCGGGCAACAGCCGGAAUGGAGCCCGGAUGUUGGCGAAACCGGGCUUGAAGAAUCGAUGUGGCAAUUGGGGCUGACUGGCGGCAGCGGUGGCGGCGAAUCGUACCCGGAGCGUCCCGGCGUGCCGAACUGUGUGUAUUAUAUGCGAACUGGUUAUUGUGGAUAUGGUAACCGGUGCCGCUACAACCAUCCCCGUGAUCGUGCUGCGGUGGCAGCAGCUGUGAGAGCUACCGGGGAGUACCCAGAGCGAGUGGGAGAACCUGUAUGUCAGUAUUACUUAAAAACUGGGACCUGUAAAUUUGGUGCGUCCUGCAAGUUCCACCAUCCGAAACAUGGAGGUGGAUCUUUGAGCCAAGCUCCACUAAAUGUUUAUGGAUACCCAUUACGACCGGGUGAGGCAGAGUGCUCCUACUAUUUGAAAACGGGGCAGUGCAAAUUUGGGUUAACUUGUAAAUUCCAUCAUCCUCAACCUGCCGGCGCCUCAGUGACGGCUUCUGCACCUCAAUUUUAUCCACCGGUGCAAUCUCCUUCAGUUCCCAUGCCUGAUCAAUUUGGGGGGCCAUCCACCAGCUUGAGGGUGGCUAGGCCUCCGUUAGUGCCUGGUUCAUAUGUUCAAGGGGCUUAUGGUCCUGUUUUAUUUCCUCAUGGAGUUGUUCCUUUACCUGGGUGGAAUCCUUACUCGGCACCUGUAAGCCCAGUGCUAUCUCCGGGUGCUCAGCCUACUGUAGGAGGAGCUUCUGUGUAUGGAGUAACACAUUUACCUUCUUCUACAGCUUCACUUGCAAGACCUUACUCCUCUUUACCCUCUUCUAUUGGUGCCUCAAGCAGUAGUCCAAAGGAACAAGCAUUUCCAGAGAGGGCUGGAGAACCUGAGUGCCAAUAUUAUUUAAGAACAGGGGACUGUAAAUUUGGAUCAUCAUGCCGUUAUCAUCAUCCACGUGAUCGAGCUGUGCCAAGGACAAAUUGUCUCCUCAGUCCAAUGGGCCUCCCCCUGCGUCCGGGUAUGCAACCUUGCACUUUCUAUUUGCAAAAUGGGCAGUGCAAAUUUGGUGCCACAUGUAAAUUUGAUCAUCCAACUAUGAGAUAUAGUCCAUCAGCCUCGUCUCUAAUUGAUAUGCCAGUUACUCCAUAUCCAGUUGGGUCAUUGCUGGCUACUCUGGCUCCUUCAUCCACAUCGUCAGAGCUUCGACCUGAACUAAUAUCAGGAUCCAAGAAGGAAUCUUAUUCAGCUAGAAUUCCUUCUUCUGGGAACACCUCAACUAGUUCAGUUGGUUUAAUAUUCUCACAGACUGGGCCUGUUUCACUCUCUGAUGUGCAACUUUCAAGUCAGAGUUCCGUUGCUUUAAGUAGUAGCAGAAGCACUAGACAAGGUGGUGAGGUUCGUCGUUCAAGCUAAUUAAACACAAGCCAUUCUCCAUUAUGUUCUAGGUGGGGGAAUUUCACCUGCCUGGUAUUAUGUAUGCUGUUUAUAUAUGUCGGUAAAUGUGUAGUGGUCAACUGUGCAAAGGUUUUUACAUCUCACAUUCAAGGUCAAGGUCAAGGUCAAGGUCUUAUUAUCUCUAUCAAACUACUCUGUUUAGUCUAUAUAAUAGGUUGUGGAUCAUUUAUGCUCAUUUCAUCUAUAUGCAGCCACCAAUGCUAUCUCAAAUAAGCUGCAAAGGCAGAUCUCUAAUGUACUGCUUCUCACUUCCAAGUAUUUAUGAUAGAAUUCAUUUAUAUCAGGUAAUGCAUUGUCUUAUAUAGAACUACUCUGGUCAUUGUGUAAUUGAAAGAAUCUCUAGUUAGUUUGUUCAUGUCUUUUUCCCCUAUUUUAAGAGUGGAUAUUCUGUUUUCAUCU